GCACACGAACCAACCCGACCCGGCCUGGGCUGGGCCAUCUCGGUUCAGCAUGUUCAAUCCCCCUGGAUCGGAGCGAGCUCGCUAGUCAACAGAGAGGAAGGCCAUCGCGCCUCGCCGGGCUCGCGUUGCGGCACUACCCAUCUCCUUCCUCUUCGAGAAUCCGCAUUUGCUUCUACCGAGUUGGAUUCAAGCUGCCGUUCUCUAGAUGGGUUUCCAAUUUCUUUGGCUCUCUCGCGGUAUUCCCUUCAAUGCGCAGUGACGACUCAGUCUGGGUUUGCGUGUCUCCGAUCGGCACUGUACCGCAACACAUCGAAUCGGGGAUUUGAAUUCCUCUAGUAUCACCUCACGAGGAGUUUGCGUGUUUGAAGUACAUGUGGCUUUCGUGGCUUUUUGAGAUUUUAGCGUCGGAUGUGGUGAUCAAAAGUGGUGGUGCUGUGGGAUGGUGGAGAUGGAACUGGUGCAAAGGGAUGGGGUGGGAGCGUGGGAUAUGGGACAUUGCGAGGGGAUAGAAAUCUGGGGUUUAUCGACGACUCAGCGUGGAUAGCGCGAGGAAUAUUUCGGAGUUCGCGUGUGCGUGUGUUAGUUCAUUAGGGGAGGUUUCGAAUUUCGAGUGAUGGUUGAGAGAGAGUUGGCGGGGUAGAGUUUUGUUUUGAGGGGAUCGGAAUGGUGUGUGGCGGGACGAUGGAUUUGGAAUGAUGACCUAGUCGGGUGGAUCGUGUGCAAGGGUGUUGAAGCUGCACAGUUGCUAGAAAGGAGACGUGUGAGUGUGAGGGAAGGAGGUGUAGGGAUUCAGCGCCACUGGUGAGUGCGCUGCAAUGGCGUCAGCGAAGCCCUCUGUAAGGUCUCGGGCUCACGCUCCUCCUUCCAGGGCGCCACCUCCACCAAGUGCUAGGUCUACUUACGACGCCUACCGCGAUGAGCAGGAUAGAGCUAAUGAGAGGAGGGGUGCCGGUCCGAAGAGCUCUGUGGAUCCCCACAAGGGGCAAUCCUUGGGGGAAAAGGGCAUUCGAAGGAUAUGCGAGGAGCUCAUGGAUUUGCAGAAAAUACAUCAAAACGAUAUGCGAAAAAGCGUGUUUCAAAACUACACUGUCUUUAUCGAGACGUCGAAAGAGAUUGCAGACCUGGAGACUGAGAUCACGGCCAUGAGUAACUUGCUUCAUUCCCAAGCAGCUCUGAUCCGUACUUUGGCUCAGAGUGCAGCUUCAAUACCAGUAAAAUCAUCGGGUGGCACUCUUGAAAAGGAAUAUUACAAGGACGACUUCGAACGCACAGACGUGGUGAGGCGAGCAGAGCUUCUUCCGGACGUACUGGACGUGCUCUUAGCAGAAAGGAAAGUGGAUGAGGCAAUUUCUUUGCUUGACGAAGGCGAGGCUCUGAUCGCAGACUUCUACAACGGAAAUGGUGGAGCCGAGGGUUUAAGUGAAGACUUUAUUAAUCAGUUAAAGAUGGCUUUAGCAGAGAGGACAGCAGGGCUGGCUGCUUACUUAGCGGAAGCUGUCCAACAACCCACUGUCAGAGGGCUCGAGCUUAGAUCUGCGAUUUCCGCUUUGGAUAGACUAGGUGAUGGUUCGAGGGCACACACGCUCCUAUUGCAGUCCCAUGAGGAGAGGUUGAAGCAUAGCAUGAAUUCGCUUCGACAGAGUGGAGCCUCUUAUGGGGGUGUUUACACAACUGCCAUUUCACAGUUAGUCUUUUCUGCUAUUGCCCAGGCAUCAAGGGACUCAGUGGCCGUGUUUGGUGAGGUGCCGUCAUAUGCUUCCGAGCUAGUCCUCUGGGCAGGCGAGGUUACUGAAAUGUGUGCCGCAGUUGUAAAACGGAAUGUAUUGCUGACAUCUGCUGCGGCUGGAGGUCUCCGAGCAGCUGUUGAAUGUGUUCAAAUUGCUCUUGGGCACUGUGCAUUGCUGGAAGAACGAGGACUGACACUAUGUCCUACACUAUCAAAGCUUAUACGACCCAGUGUAGAACAGGCCAUGAAGGCAAAUCUGACGAGUAUCAUUGAAAUUGUGGGCUCAUUGGCAGCAAGUGAAAGCUGGAUCGUUGAUGCUCCUCAGCGGGGUUCACGAGGAGUUGGAUCAAAUAUUAGAUUGACUUCUAGUGGCCACCGCUUUUUCUCUCUGGUGCAGGACUUCUUAGAAGACAUGCCAUCACUUGCCGGCAUUCAGUUGGGUGUGGUUGCAAUGGAGGGUGUAGCUGAUAUUUUCGAGCAAUAUAUUGAAAUGCUUAUUAAAGCGCUACCUGCUCAAGAGCCUGAAGAAGAAAGUAAACGGAAGGUUCGGGUGGCCUCCAACGAGGAGCAGCAGUUGUCACUAUUAGGAAAUGCUACUAGCCUUGCGGAUGAGAUUGUGGCAGUCGCAGCUUCCAAAAUUUUGCCAGGUGGCGUGCAAGUUUUAGCGGGAGAAUUAAAUGCUCCUCGCUCCUCAACAGCGGCAGCCCGGUCUCCUGAAAUCAAAGACCUGCGGCGCCAGCUGCAGACUCACGUAGAGAAAUUAAAAUUCUAUCUUUGCAAUGGAAUAAUCAUAGGCUUAUGCUAUGAUGAGUAUGGAAGCAGGCUAAGUGCAACAACCUAUUUCCAGGUUGAUUCCGAUAUGCCGAGAUGGCAGGAGGCUCCCUUGCCAACUGUUCUUUUUCAGUCUGUGUUUCACAAGCUAAUAUCCAUACACCAAAUAGCUGGAGAUGUGCUAGCUGGGAAGGAGAGGAUCACACAACUGUUCCUUAUACGUCUUACUGAGACAUUUGUCAAAGCUUUGAGCACUAGUCCGGAACUAUGGGGCACGAUUGAAGAGGAGCCAAGUAGCCUAGGCCCUCUUGGUUUUCAGCAGUUUCUUCUAGACAUGCAGUUUCUUGCUACUGUUGCAAGAAAUAUGGGGUUUUUGUCCAGGACUGUGAAUCAAGCAAUCUCUCAGGAAGAAGAGCGAAUGAAGGAAACAUACAUGACCAGUGGAGCGGAUCUUGACAGUGCGUUGCCGGAUCCCGACUGGCUACAGGCUACAGUUCACGACAAUUUCAACAACCUGCUGGAUCAGUGGAACGAAAACAUGGGGUUCGCACCUCGGGACGUCAGCGAUGUUCAGUCUGUGUCAUCAAUGCGCUCGGAAUGAGGUACAUGGUGUGAGAAGGUCCACACUUUUUCACUCUUGUACAUCUAACCAGUUCCCUUCGAUUUCGAAAAAUGGGACUCAUGGGGGCGUUCUUACAUGACUGUCAGAGAUGGAAUUCAUUUAUGUCAUUGGUGUAUAACUUCGCCGCGGUACAGCUUAGGAAUGAGAAGAGAUAGUAAAUCUUGCCCGUGCGGGAAGAAGGAUCAAGGCGCUAAAUGUGAAAGACGUUCUUGGCACACUUCAUCAGCCCAAGUCUGAAGGCUUUGUGUCAUCGCUCCUAGUUGGGAACGACAAAGUAGCGCUGUGACGGUGGCUCAUUCACACUAACAUCGCUGGAAUGAAUAAGAUAGUAGUUCAGGUAUUCGUUGGUCAGGUUUUAAUUGGUAGAUUUGAUGUUAUCAAUUGAAGGCAUCUUUUCUACCCUUGUGAGAUGGUGAUGACAUUGAAGGCUGCAUGGAGUGGCGAAGGGGAUUCCAAGGUAUUCCUUAGGUAUUCCUCGCUGUAUAAAAGUACGGUGGAAAUGUCAACAGCAUUUCCUGCAGUCUGACAGCAUAGAGAUAGAUGAUUUAUUUGAUGGAAACACUUUUGGGUUUA